CCAGCUGACCCGGCUGCUCUCCCCUUGCUGGCUGCUGCCCCGGCGUGCAGGGCCCGGCUGCCGCCAUGUCCGGCCCGUUGGAGCUCUCGGUGCAGGACCUCAACGACCUGCUCUCGGACGGCAGUGGCUGCUACAGCCUUCCGAGCCAGCCCUGCAACGAGGUUACCCCCAGGAUCUACGUGGGCAACGCGUCUGUGGCUCAAGACAUCCCCAAGCUGCAGAAACUAGGCAUCACCCAUGUCCUGAAUGCUGCUGAGGGCAGGUCCUUCAUGCAUGUCAACACCAAUGCCAACUUCUACAAGGACUCCGGCAUCACCUAUUUGGGUAUCAAGGCCAACGACACACAAGAGUUCAACCUCAGUGCCUACUUUGAACGGGCUGCAGACUUCAUUGACCAGGCCUUGGCUCAAAAGAACGGCCGAGUGCUUGUCCACUGCCGUGAAGGUUACAGCCGCUCCCCAACGCUCGUUAUCGCAUACCUCAUGUUGCGUCAGAAUCUGGACGUCAAGUCUGCCCUGAGCAUCGUGAGGCAGAACCGUGAGAUCGGCCCCAAUGAUGGUUUCCUGGCCCAACUCUGCCAGCUCAACGACAGACUAGUCAAGGAGGGGAAAUUGAAACUCUAGGGCACCCCCACUGCCUCUUCUCUAGAGGUCGGACUGGGGAGGCCCUGGUUAAGGCUUCUCAAGCUGCCAUGUUUAGGAAACACAGUGUACCCUGCUCCCAGCAUCACCAGGCACUUGCCCACAAGUCUGUCCCAACAUAGCCCUGGGCCACUCUCCCCCUGGAGGGCAUAUAAAGAAGCUUGCUGAGGAGGGUGUGCUUGCUCCCUGGCGUGUCCUGUGCCUGCAGUUUAUGCUGCCGUCUCCCUGAGGUUGGGGGGUGCAGAGGAGAGAGCCUGUGAUGUGUGCUUCUCCCAGAUGACCCAGGGCAGAAGGUCUGUGGAAACAUAAGGCUUGAGACGCCCGCAGGGGCCCCUCCUGACUUCCCCCAGCCCAACCCCCCUGCAGAGUCCCCUCCUGAGUGGGAAUCGCAGCACCUCUAGCCUCCUAAGGGAACUAUGCAAACGCGGGCCCCUCUCCCCAGCACCUCUGUCUCACUGUCCCCUCACAGCCGUCCACACCCAGCUCCUCAGCAGAGGCACCUCAGGAGGUCUGAAGCUGGUUGGGGUGGCCAGCAGUGGUUAGUGGAUGCAAAUUGCCAUGAAGAGACUGCAUUUGAAUUAUUUCCUUAGGAUUAAAGGUAUAUAAACAAAGAGGCCCUUGGGUAGGCAAACAAAUUCCUGUGAACUCUGCUAAAUCAAUAGUUUUUUAGAUGCCCAUCUGUGGAAAGCUUGAGUUCAGAAUCCACUGCUUUGGAAUAUUCCCCUCGGAUUGCUCUCAGUUUGUUAGAGCGCUGCCUUGGGCAUGGUUUUAUUUUUCUUUUUUAGAAAACCGGGUGUUGAAGUCCAUCCUAUUUAAAAACCCCAUCAUUUGGAGAAUUACAAGGGUUUUGUCCUGAAUUAUAGUGUUGGUGAACCAAAGCCACUCGUGCUAACUGCUUUUUGUCUCGGUUGCUAUUCCAAGAACAGAAAGAGGAAGUUGGUCAAUUACAGCGUGUGUGGAGGGGUGGGGAUGGGGGUGUGUGUGUGUCUCAGAAACACAGCCAGAGGAUGGACAAGCAGGGAGAUGAAAGGUCCCAGGCUCUCACCCUGCCCACUUACAGGUAGUUCUUACAGCUCUCUGGUGCCAGAAAAAAUCCUGGAGCCUUGGGAGCAAACAUGACUCAGCCAGGCAGAAGUGAAAUGUGGUGCAGUGCCCAAAUAGAGCCUUUAGUGGUGGUAGAGCAAACAAACAAAAAGAAACCUUUUUUUAGGAUUUUUUUAGGAUGAUGUCAGAAGGCACUAGUACUCAAUUCACGUGUGUGCACACAUUUAUCAGGAUAUAGUUUUAUUUUGAACAGUCUCGUCAGAACUUUGCAUGAUUAUCACCAUGGAAAGUGCUGCAAUGCUGCCGUCUUCAGGUUUGGCCUCAGCCAUCCCCCAAGUGCCUAGUAUGCCGGGCUCAGAUAAAACUUCGUGCAAUUACAUUUUUCUGAGCACCAAAUAUAUGUAAGGCAUUGUUCUGGUGGGUGUCUCAAGCUCCCAGGAGCCUGAAUUUGUGGUAGGAUCGCUUGCAAGGAUUUGCAGAGGAGUCUUACCUGAAGCAAAGUAUCAGGGAUUUUUGUUGACUAUUUAAAAUUGAGUUUUAAUUUUAAAUUCAGACAGUGUUAACAUGUUGUGGCGAAUGUGCCUUUUUCAGAGCGACCAGGAGCUUGUGGCUAGGACAAGGAGAGGCAGGUGUGCCUCAGAGCCUCCCUCACAGGCGCAGCAGGAGCAGUGUUGUGCAGCCUUGGCGUCCCUUUUUCUCCGUGACCACAGCAGCCCUGAACCCACUGCGAUCUGUCUUCUUUAUGCGCACCUGGCUGCCCAGGUAGACCCACUUCAGUGAAAUGGCCCUCCUCUGUAAACUCUGCACCUCCCUUCGCAGCUUUCCAGUGACUGUCCCGCUUCAUCCAACUUGGUCCUCACAGUAACCCUAUCAAGUUGGGAGAGCUUGCUCAUGUAUUGUUAUCUUUUAAAAAAAAAAGGAACUGGGCUUCCGAGUGAUAAAGAGUCUCCUGGUCCUAAGGCAGAGCUGUGGCAAGAUUUCAGGUUUGCUGCUCCACGAAGCUGAAUUCUUUCUUUCAAACUAUACUCCUUCGAGAGAGAGGAGCCCCCUGUGAGGGUCCAGGUGGGCUGCGCAUAGCCUUGACCUGGCCCAUGUGCACAAGAGCCAGUUAGCUUUGUGGACAGAGUGCAGUGAUUCAAGCUGUGGUGCCAGGGGGUGUCUAGGUAAGGGUGGGAGGGAGUCGGCAUGAACCCAUCUCUGCUCUAAGAAAAGGAAGUAUAGCAUGUGGGUCCCUGACUAGGUUAGAAUGUGUGGGUCUUCUUCCAGGAAACCAGCAUCCCUAAGCUGGAGCUUUGUGCUCUGCUUCCGGAGGAGGCUCAGGAGCUGGGGCUGAGGCUCCUCUCCUACACCCAGGCAGGGGUCACCCUGCAGGACAGCCACGGCCUAGGCUAGUGAACUAGGACCUCUUGAGGGCUUCUCUAUGGGGGCAUGAGGGAGAAAAGGCCAUUGGGACAAUUACUGCCUUUACUUUGGGGCUACUUUUAUGCUGAUAACUUGGGAUAUCUUGGUAGUCUUUAGUCCCAGAAACCCCAUAUUUACUUCAUGAGAUUUAGCUCUUAGUUUUUUGAAUAAAAUAAAAUAAAAUUUUAUUGUGUAAGAGCCAACACAUGCUCAGCUGUGAGCAGAAGCUGUUUCUGGAUAGCUUUCUAUCCCUGGGAAGUGUUGGAAUAGGAACUCAGGGUUCCCUUACUGCCUCCCCAGACCUGAUCCCUUUUUUUGACUAGCAGACCCCCAUCUAGGCCAAAUUAGAGCACCAGUUUUCUUCUCAAUUCUAAAGCACUACACCUCCCACAUGCUGGUCUCUUUCCCUUCUACUCUGAGUUAUCUGGAGAGCAGACAUCUCCAUCUGUCAAACAAGAUGACUCAUCUAGAGGACCUCUGAGGUUCGGACAUUAAGGUGGGUUCCCUACGAGGGCCCACUUGGAAUUUACCACCACCUGCAAAUUAUGGGGUGUGUAAUGACAUGAUGACCAGCAGGUGGCGCUGUGUUCCACCCGUGGUGAUGGAUGGUUUGAAAAGAAUGUCGGUGCCUUUCGUGUCACAAGUUAAUGUUAAGACGCUAAUGUUUAAUCAAAAUAAGCACUGAUCUGAUAAUAUGAAGAUAUGAGCUUUCCCCACAGGAAAUUUUCUGUCAUAAACUGGUGUCAAGAAUCACUGAAGAGUCAACAAUGAUGGUCCUUCCAAGUCAAGAUUUUGUCCUGAUUGGAAACGGGCCAUCUCUGGUUGAGAAUAGAUUGGUUGGAAGCUUAACUUACCUUCUGUCAACUUUUAGGGUAAUGUGACUGUGAAAGUGUGAAUUUUCUGGACAGGAAAGGGGAAAUUAUUAAAUUGGUUUUUUUAAAAAGUAAGGUUAUUAACGUCUGUUCUAUCACAAGUCAGUGUUAAAAUGCUAAAACUAACCAAAAUAAAUGUCUUACCUUACAAAGAAA